AGCGUUUUCAUCCUCGCUGAUAAAGCCUGGGCGGGUUCUAACCUUCUGUAUAAGUGGCAGAAAAGCCUUGGAAAUUAUAUUGCUGUUGCAGGGCAGGACAAUUCUGUGAAAAUAUUUGAUAGACAUGGCCACCAGUGGACAGAACUCAGCAUACCAGGGCGCUGUGUGGGGAUGGACUGGGAUAAAGAUGGGGACAUUUUGGCAGUGAUAGCUGCAAAAUCCAGCUCCAUCUACUUCUGGGAUGCCAGCGUCAAUAAAACCUCCCACAUAGACAGCGGAAUGAGAGAUCAGAUGUCCUUUAUUUUGUGGUCUAAGACUGGCCCACUGUUAGCAGUUGGGACAGUGAAAGGAAAUCUAUUGAUUUACAAUCAGCAGACCUCACGCAAGAUCCCUGUACUCGGUAAACACACAAAGAAAAUCACUUGUGGGUGCUGGAACAAUCAGAAUCUCCUGGCUCUGGGAAGUGAGGACAACACUCUGAGCAUCAGCAAUCAUGAGGGGGACACCAUCCGACAGGCCUCACUGCACGGUGAGCCUGCUGAGAUGACCUUUUCAGUGAUGAAGACGGAUGAAAGAUCCGGUCAAGGAGAGAACACCGUGAGUUUGUCUGUGGACAAGAAAAUACUGAUACUCUUCAAUAUCCACGACCCUGACAACCGGAUAGACUUGACCUUCCAGCGUCACUAUGGAAACAUUGUGUCCUACCGCUGGUAUGGUGAUGGGUAUAUACUGAUCGGCUUCUCCCAUGGGUACUUUGUGGUUAUCUCCACGCACAUCAGGGAGAUUGGUCAUGAGCUCUGUCAGGCUCACAACCAUAAAGAAAGUCUCAACAGUGUGGCCAUCUCAACAGCUUUAAACAAGGCUGCCUCCUGCGGGGACAACAGCAUUAAGAUCCACGACUUGUCUGAUUUCAAGGACAUCAGCAAUGUAGUGCAGCUGGAUGAUGAGACUAAAGGUCUGGACCAGCUGAACUGGACAGACGACGGGCAGCUGUUGGCGGUCUCCACUCAGAAAGGGACGCUGCAUGUCUUCCUCACCAAGCUGCCGAUCCUGGGCAGCAGCUUUGGGACCCGGCUGGCGUACCUCACCUCGCUGCUGGAGGUCACUGUGUCCAACCAGGUGGAGGGGGAGAGUCCUGUGACUAUAGAAGUGGAAGUAGAGCCUACCUUUAUUGCGCUGGGACCGUACCAUGUGGCCGUGGGGAUGAACAAUAGAGCCUGGUUUUACGACUUGAUAGACCACAAGCCUGGUUUUAAAAAGUUGAAGGACAUUGAGUAUUUGGGGACCAUAGCAAGCAUGUGCCUUAACUCUUACUACGCUGCAGCGCUGUUUGAGGGGAAAGUGCAGCUGCACAUGAUUGAAGGCAAAGAUCAGGAGGAGAAGAAACAGAUGAAGUUGUUUCCAGACGACGACAGAAAAGGGCGGAUCCUUUGCCACGCACUCACCGCUGACUUCCUCUACUACGGCACUGAUUCAGGUAAUGUGGUGUGUGUCUUGGUGGAGGACUGGGAGACUGUGAGCAGCUACACCCACUCGGUUGGUGUGAGGAAAGUGUUCCCUGACCUAAAUGGCACACGGCUGGUUUUCAUCGACGACAAGAACGGUGGCUUCCUGCUCUCUCCUUCAAAUGCCACAGACUCCUGCUUCGAGCUCCCCAACUUCUCUCCCACCAUCACUGGAGUGCUGUGGGACAACUGGCACUCUGACAGAGGAGUGUUUGUGGCCUACGAUGAUGACAAGGUCUACACCUACGCCCUGCACAAAACCACCAUAUAUGGCCCCCGGGUGGUGUUGGUGGGAAGCACCGCACUCCUCUUUUCCCAGAAGCCUUUGCUCUUGCACAACGGGGACCUGACAUGUCAGACAGCGAGCGGCAAGACCAGUGAAGUCACUCUGAGCACACACUCCUUCCUCAAGAAUUCAACUGGCACCGCAACGGACUCACCGCCGGAGCUCAGCAAGCAGGUCGCCCAGGCGCUGAAGCUCAAGAGGUUCCAUGAAGCCCGAGGUCUGUGUCAGUCGUCAGGCAGCAGCACAGACUGGGCGGAGGUGGGCGGAGCCUGUCUGGUCCACAUGGAGGUGGAGCUGGCCAUCCAGGUGUACCGCAUGAGUGGCAAUGUGGGCAUGGUGCUGUCCCUGCAGGGCAUCCAAGGCAUAGAGGACAUGAAUUUGAGGGCGGGACAUUUGGCCAUGUUUCUAGGUGACUACAACCUGGCCCAGGACCUGUAUCUGUCCUCAGGCUGCCCAAUCGUUGCCCUGGAGAUGAGGAGAGACCUGUUGCAUUGGGACAGCGCUCUUAUGUUAGCUAAGAGGUUAGCAGAAGCCCAAAUUCCCUUUAUUUCCAAAGAAUAUGCUGUCCACCUGGAGUUUAUCGGUGACUAUGUGAACGCUCUAGCACACUAUGAAAAAGGCAUGACCCAGAAUAAUAAGAUUCGAUGGCCACCCAUCCCCCCAUCCGCCCCAAUCACUAUCCCGUAA